AUGGCGACUAGUGAUAACGUGAUCCGUGCGGGAUUAACUCCUAAAUUCAAAGAUGUUGAUGUACUUUUGAAUAUGUUAACUUAUCGUUAUGGAAGUGCCAAAUCACAAAUUUUAAAUCCAAUUCCGUAUAAGAAUCAUAAAUCAACUACUUUGUACGAUCCACCGAUCGAGGAAUUUUCCGUUAGCAUGACUCGACUUAAUUCUCUAGAAAAAAGAGAAGUGUUCGAUGGAAUGCCAGGUCCUAGUAUCAUAAUCGUUACUAAUGGAAAUGGAGCUAUGACAGCUGAUGAAACAUCAGAAUUAUUAGAACCUGGAAGUGUAUUUUUCGUUGGUGCUAAUGUUCCAAUUAUGGUCGAAGCGGCAACAGGUAGUGAUGGAUUGGACUUCUUUCGAGCAUUUUGUACUUUAAAAUGA